GGGACGGAGUAAUGGGGGCUCAGCGGGGCCCCGCGGCCCACGGCCGGGCCUCCUCCUGCCGCGGGCUGCUGCUGCUGCUCCUCCCGCUGCUGCUGGGCUCCUGCAGGGCGGAGGAAGACGUGCUGAUGAACACCAAGCUGGCCACAUCUGACCUAAGAUGGACGAGCUACCCUGCUGAUGACUCGCAGUGGGAGGAAGCGAGCUCGAGGGACGAUCACCAAAACACUGUGCGGACCUACGAGAUCUGCACCAUCACCAGCACUUCUUCCUAUUGGCUGAGGACGCGCUGGAUCCCUCUGAAGGCGGCGACCACGGUCUACGUGGAGAUCUGGUUUUCCAUGAUGGAGUGUUCCAGCCUGAGGCAGCCGUGUAAAGAGACCUUCAACCUGUACCACUACCCGUCAGACGCCGACGACGCCACGCCCACCAGCCCGGCCUGGAUGGAGAACCCUUACAUCAAAGUGGCGACAGUCGCCGCCGACCACCUGAUGCUGCGUGGCGCCAGGGGCCGCCCUAAUGUCAAGGUGCUGCGUCUGGAGGGGCUGCGUAAGGCGGGGCUUUACCUGGCCUUCCAAAGCCAGAGCGCCUGCAUGGCGUUCUGCUGCGGCGUUUCUCUGGAGGAAACGCGCUGUAAUCGGAGGCCGUCCUGCCUCCGCGCUCGCCGCACGUUUCCGUCCUGUUUCCACGCUUCCUCUCCUCUCCGCCAUCGCCGCGGGAUGAAAGCAGAGCGAGGUCGCCGCAGGCCACAGACGGCUUGGUUGUCCAAGUUUCCUGUUAUUCUGUGCGAGGUCAAAGCCUGUCCGUCCGGUCAUUUUAAAGCCGAGUCAGGACCCGUUGGCUGCAGCUCCUGUCCAGCCAAUAGCAACACAAGAAUCCCAGGCUCCGCCUACUGCCCGUGUCACUCUGGUUUCUAUCGAGCCGACUCGGACCCGCCGCACAGUGCCUGCACGCAGCCUCCCUCGGCUCCUCGCUCCCCGGUGAGUCAGCUCAAUGACACCAUGGUGACUUUGGAGUGGAGCGAGCCACUGGACCGCGGAGGACGACAUGACCUGACCUACAGAGUCCUGUGCUCCACCUGCGGGCCCGCCACCGCCACCAAGGUCACUUCCUGCUUCCCAUGUGGCGACAGCGUUCUUUACCGGCCGGCACAGAACGGCCUGACCCAGCGGCGUGUCGUCGUCUGGGGGCUCCGCCCACAAACAAAGUACAUCUUCACCAUCCAGUCGCUAAAUGGCGUGUCUGCACUCAGCCACUCAGAGCCAGCCUCCAGCAAGCUCAACAUCACCACCAGCAGAGACGUUCCUCCUCCAGUAUCUGGUCUGAGGAGGGUGGAGGCCUCAGAGAGCAGCCUGUCUUUAGAGUGGAGCGUCCCAGUUGUUCACAACCAGUACAAGAUCCUGGACUACGAGCUGCGCUACAGCCCUGAGCUGAUGGCGACUGGAGUCUCGGCCUCUUUGGGGAUACUGGUGCUCGCUGUGGCGGCCAUAGUUGGCGUGUUCUGCUACCGGAGGAAGAGGAGCGCGCACAUCCACGACAAGAGCGGGCACUACCAGAUGGGCCAGACGAUGAAGGUUUACAUCGACCCGUUUACCUACGAGGACCCGAAUGAGGCUGUGAGGGAGUUCGCCAAGGAGAUCGACGCCUCCUUCGUUAAGAUCGAAGAGGUCAUCGGAGCAGGUGAGUUUGGCGAGGUGUGUCGUGGUCGGCUGAGGAUCCCAGGCAGGAAGGAGAACUACGUGGCCAUUAAGACCCUGAAGGGUGGCUACACGGAAAAGCAGAGGCGGGACUUCCUGUCGGAGGCGUCCAUCAUGGGACAGUUCCAGCACCCUAACAUCAUCCACCUGGAGGGAGUCAUCACCACUUCCUGCCCCGUCAUGAUCCUCACCGAGUUCAUGGAGAACGGGGCGCUCGACAGCUUCCUGAGGAUGAAUGAUGGCCAGUUUACCACCAUCCAGCUGGUGGGGAUGCUGCGCGGCAUCGCAGCAGGAAUGAAGUAUCUGUCUGAAAUGAGCUACGUCCAUAGAGACCUGGCGGCUCGUAACAUCUUGGUGAACUCCAACCUGGUCUGUAAGGUGUCAGAUUUUGGCCUGAGCAGGUUUCUGACUGAAAACUCGUCAGACCCGACGUACACCAGCUCUCUGGGCGGCAAGAUUCCCAUUCGGUGGACGGCUCCUGAAGCCAUCGCGUACAGGAAGUUCACUUCAGCCAGUGACACGUGGAGUUACGGGAUUGUCAUGUGGGAAGUGAUGUCAUACGGGGAGCGACCGUACUGGGACAUGAGCAACCAGGACGUGAUAAACGCCAUCGAGCAGGACUACAGGCUUCCCCCGCCGCCAGAGUGCCCCGCCUCCCUGCACGCGCUCAUGCUGGACUGCUGGCAGAAGGAGCGAGCCAACCGGCCGAGGUUCUGCGACGUGGUGGCGUCCCUCGACAGGCUGAUCCGAAACCCCACCUCCCUGAAAGUGACGCACCCAGAGGCACAGAGCCUGUCCCAUCCUCUGUUGGACCAGCGAGUCCCGCCUCCUCUGUCGGCCUGCGGUUCGGUCUCCGAGUGGCUCCGAGCCAUAAAGAUGGAGCGCUACGAGCAGAGCUUCCUGCAGGCCGGAUUCACCAACCUGGACAUCGUCUCGCAGCUCAACACUGAAGACCUCCUCAGAGUGGGCGUGACCCUCGCAGGGCACCAGAAGAAGAUACUCUCCUCCAUCCAGACGCUCAGGAUACACAAAGCUCCACCCACCAUGCUCUACUGACCAAUCGCAGCCUGGUCACAGCACGACACUCAAAAUGACCCUGACACUGUCCACCGUUGUACCCGAUCCAGCCAAUGGGAACGCUUUACAGCCUGAAACACUAACUGAUGUAGUUUCAACCAAUCAGAACGAAGGAAUGAGAUGACCAUUCUUUGGCGGGCUGGUUGAACCUCAGGAUUUCUAUCGCCUCGUCUCGCUCAACCACAUCCCGAGGUUGCUUGUUUUUUUAAAUCACAGAAAUCAGCCAAUCAGCAUCCAGAAAGGAUGUUGGAAGACUUUGGAAACUAUUCCUUAUGUGGACUCUUCUGAUUGGAUGUUCCUCCACUGUAAAGACUAAGCUCCGCCCCUUGCUGGGAGCAUAGCUUUCCCAGCCUGUUUGAUGGCUGGAGGAUUUUCCACUGAAGAAACAUCAAGAGAGAAAAAUUACAGGCAGAAAAUGACUAAAUCCUGCUGGAAACACAAGCAGGAAACUUUGGUUUGUACUUCCUGUAGAAGAAACCAACCUUUGCAGGAUGCUGCCACUGUGACCGCACAGACCUGAGAGCCAAAUGGGUUUUACGCUGACGUGGUCGGUGUUUGAGUUUCUUCAAGCACCAAUAGGAAUCUGAACACGUGUUUCUGAAGGACAUCUUGGGAAUGUGGGAGGAAAUGUCGCAGGAAUUCCAACGCACCGGUCGGUAAUCUCCCUCUCGGUGGGAUUAUUUCCACAC